GAAUGAGUUCUCGAUAUCCAGAAGAGAGCACCUGAUGCCGUCACCGAAGAUUCUCUUUUUCGCGUUGAUCUAUCUCCUGUCAUUUCUGUGAUCAUAAAGAGGACAAACAACUACAUCUUGUUGCGACGAGUUGCCCAUCCGCAUGUCUAUCGUACUGACGUCAGUUGUGGCGCAUGGUUAUUUUCCAAGUUGCGCAUCCAUGGACGAUGAUGACGAGUGAGAGAUGUGUCUGUUGCUGAGUGAAAGUUUCACCUGAGCCUGACUACCUUAUCAUUAUGUGUGACUAUGAUCUGUGUACUUACUUAAUUUACUCUGUUUCCGGAGGUAUCUUCUAAUGUCGGACAAUGAAGCGUUCUUGAGCGUGAGUGAAGUUGUAGAAAUUCACAUACUUCCACCUGAUAGUACUUCUGACCGGCGUCAUCGAAAACUUUAGUAAGCUGUUCUGAAAUCAAUUAAAAGCAGGCUUCUUGUUCUAGUUUUAUUAUUAUUUUUCCCACAAGUAAUAAAUCCCAAGAAGAUUUUUCUUCGUUCUAUGAACUCGUAGUUCUCGUACUCGAACCAUCUUGUUUUCCGAAGGUUGAUCUGUUUGUCGGUCCGUCUCCGUUGUAUAACGUCACGCUCAAGAACAAGAACCUUUCAUCUCAUCGCCGGUUCUACUAGAAAAUGCAGCAAGGUAACGAGUCCUCGACGCCGGCCUCAGCGCCAAUUGUGCAGGCCAAGGUUGCUGGCCUCGGAUGGUCCACCCCGGUCUUUUCUAGUGGUGUUUUGGGUAGUCCCGCACCGAGGAAGCCCCUGGACGUCCAGCCGCUUUCCGUCCCGGGUAUCUACACGCAACGAGCUGUGGGAAUGCCAAUGGUAUCACCACCUAGGCGUGCUUCAGCAUUGACCAGCUCGCCCAUUGCAGAAUCGCAACAGCCAGGAGGCCUCCUUUUUGGCAAGAACUCCACAGCAGGUGGAUAUGGUAAUAUUACACACCAUUCUUCAUCUACCAUCGUGGUCUUCUUUCACAACGUAGGUACCUAGUCGAAGAUGAACUUGUCCAGCGAGGUUCAGCCUCCUCAACUUGGAAAAAAUAUGUAGGACCUCCAUCAAACAUCAACCCACGAUGUUGAUGAAGAUUAUUAUAUAUAUAGUAACAUAAUUUUAAUUACUACUAGGACACUACGACCACUACUAAUAUUACAAGCACAACAAUGAUAAAUAUCAUUAUCUGAAUCAUUCAUCUCCAGCCCUCCGCAACCCGGCAACCGGUACCUUGAUGGGCGCACCGCUAAAACAAAGACGCGAAGGUUCCACCGUCGGCGCGCGAGUGUCUACGGGAUCGGACGACAGUCAGCUUGCGAGCUUCAAAAAGCUUCGUAGCGACUGCCAGUUGCAGCAAGUGCCGGUGAAAGCUGCUGUAGAUGGAUUUUCCAAGAAAGCUGUGGCAGGACAAUUGGACCUCGGCGCUUUCACCAUGGCCUACUCGGAGGUACAGCUUCUAUUUUUCUUAUCGUCAAUAGAUCUAGAAGAAGUUCGUAGUUUGUCGUGUACUUGAACUUGAUUGAUGUUGCGAAACGAUGCUUAACAAGUAGUAGGUCUAGCAUCAACGAACUAGUUUGCAAUAUCCCCAUUUGGUGACGUGUGAUACGCAUGCCGAUAUGAAAACAGUCAUCAUGUCUUAAGCCGCAUCUCCUGUUAUCAACAACAAACCUUCAAAUUUAGUCAUUCUUCUUCAUCAACAUUUUCUUGAACCACAACAGCUCUGUGAGGAGUGCAAGAUUGAAGAGCCAAGUCACGAUACGAUAACCAACGUUUUCAGACUUUUCGAUAAGGAUAAGAACAACAUGAUUGAUCCGAUGGAAUUGUGCUCGGGCGUGAGCAUGCUUUGCAAGGGUACUUCUUUUGAGUUUAUUUUGUUAUGUGGAAAUUUGCGUUCGCGUUGUAUUUGUAGCGUUAGACUUUGAGAAACAAUACAUGUUCUUACUGGUUUUUACGCAUAUUUUCUUCUCACUCAGUCCUUGUUUAUCAAGCAAUACAUGACACUUUUUAUUACCUCCAUCUUUAUCACAGGUACCGAGGAAGAAAAGAUCCAUGCUGUUUUCGAUUUGUUCGAUACCAAUGGAGAUGGUAGCAUCACACUCGACGAAAUGUUCAAAUUUUUGCUCUCUGUUUUCCGCGUUGUGAUGACCCCGACCGUUCUGGAAACCGUCAGGCAGCAAGGUGUCGAUAUCAACAGUCCCGAGGAUCUCGCUUCCAUCACUGCGAUGGAGUGCUUCAAGGCGGUUGACACGGAAAAUACGGGAAAGCUUGGCGUCGAACAGUUCAAGCAAUGGUUCAAGGCUCCGAAGGCGGAUGAAAACCAUAUGCUCGAGCCAAUGCAGCGCUUGUUGGGCUAAAUCCUCCGUAUGAUUUUUACGAUUUGGAAGUAUGCCAGACAACAAGGCCAACGAUCAUGACCACGAAUAUGAUCGUACAGAUCGAUAAAGAUACAGAUCGAAAAUUUUUUUAUCAUAGGGAAAAAUCGCGACAGAAAAGGAAAAGUAGUAGGAGCAUGAAAAGUGAAGCAAUCAAAAACAUCGAAUAAUGCUUCGUAGCUUGAUACGCAGCAACACAACAAAGACACCAUGAUACUUACUCAUUUUGUACACACAGACACACAAGAAAAGGAAAAAUAGAAACACAUGUAUUCAUAAACUUCAACUGCAUUGUUUGAAAUUGAAAUAAGUAGAACCAGGAAAUCGAAAUACUAACAUGGUAAAUAAUAGAGACAACAUUCACGUAGCGAAUUAUACUUUGGAUAGAAAAAUGUACAAUUUCUUCUUUGGGAAAUAGAAGACUAGGUCAAUAUGAAAAAGGUAAGGAAUUGGAUUGCUGAAAUUAACCUGUUGAUGGGAGAAGAUUGCGCAUCUUCAAUAGAAAUACAAAUGGUUUGACGGGGGACCUAGAUUCCAGGGACAGAAAGGUAAGAAAGAAAUAU